AUGAAAGGUUUAAUUUUAGUAGGUGGUUACGGUACCAGAUUAAGACCAUUGACUUUGACUGUUCCAAAGCCAUUGGUCGAAUUUGCUAACAGACCAAUGAUUUUACAUCAAAUCGAAGCUUUAGCUAAUGCCGGUGUCACUGAUAUCGUUUUAGCUGUUAACUACAGACCAGAAGUUAUGGUUGAAACUUUGAAAAAGUACGAAAAAGAAUACGGUGUCAACAUUACUUUCUCUGUUGAAACUGAACCAUUAGGUACCGCUGGUCCAUUGAAGUUGGCUGAAGAAGUCUUAAAGAAGGAUAACUCUCCUUUCUUCGUAUUGAACUCCGAUGUCAUCUGUGAAUACCCAUUCAAGGAAUUGGCUGACUUCCACAAGGCUCACGGUGGUAAAGGUACUAUCGUCGCUACUAAAGUCGAUGAACCAUCUAAAUACGGUGUUAUUGUUCACGAUAUCUCUACUCCAAACUUAAUUGACAGAUUCGUCGAAAAGCCAGUUGAAUUCGUUGGUAACAGAAUUAACGCUGGUUUAUAUAUUUUGAACCCAGAAGUCAUCGAUUUGAUUGACUUGAAACCAACUUCUAUUGAAAAGGAAACUUUCCCAAUUUUGGUUGAACAAAAAUCUCUAUACUCUUUUGACUUAGAAGGUUUCUGGAUGGAUGUCGGUCAACCAAAGGAUUUCUUGGCUGGUACCGGUCUGUAUUUGACCUCUUUGGCUAAGAGAAACCCAGAAAAAUUGGCUAAGGGUGACAACAUUGUCGGUAACGUCAUCGUUGACCCAACCGCUAAGAUUUCUCCAUCCGCUAAAAUCGGUCCAGAUGUCGUUAUUGGUCCAAACGUUGUUAUUGGUGACGGUGCUAGAAUUGCUAGAUCCGUUGUCUUAUCUAACUCUACUAUCAAGGACCACUCUUUGGUUAAGUCUACCAUUGUUGGCUGGAACUCAACUGUUGGUAGAUGGUGUCGUUUGGAAGGUGUUACCGUUAUGGGUGACGAUGUUGAAGUUAAAGACGAAGUUUACAUUAACGGUGGUAAGGUCUUGCCACACAAGUCCAUUGCUUCUAACGUUCCAAAGGAAGCUAUUAUUAUGUAA